AUGAACAUGCUUCGGGCGAUGAUCCUUCCUCUCAUUGUUGCCAGUCUUGUUUCAGGAGUAUCAAUGCUUGAUGGUCGAACCGCUGGAAAACUAAGCACCAGGUCGUUCAUUUACUAUGGGGGAGCAACUCUACACGCAGUGCUUUUGGGCAUCGUUAUUGCGACUGUGAUUCAUCCUGGCGAUCCCACUAUCAAGGAAGGAUUACAAGCUGAACAGGCGUUGCCUUCACAAGGAAGAAUCGUCGACAAGAUUGGGGAUGUCUUAAGGAACAUUUUCACGGAAAAUCUGAUUCGAUCAAUGUUCCAACAACAGCAGACCAUCUACAAACUGAUCGAAUCAAAUGUUACCGAGGAACAGGCGACAAGAGCGCUCGUUUGGACAGAUGGAAUG